CACACCCACAUUUCUAGGGCUUUUGCUACUGUCCUUCACUGAUAACGCACUCUCUCUCGCCGAGUAAGCACAUUUGAUCGAUCAUGGCUGAGGCUACACCUGUGAUUCCGAUUGAUGAAUUGUUGGAAUUUCCAAAGAAAGAUAAGCGUCGCUUCUUACAUGCUGUUUAUCGUGUCGGUGACCUUGAUCGCACCAUCAAGUUCUACACUGAAGGUUUUGGGAUGAAGCUGUUGAGGAAGAGAGACAUUCCGGAAGAGAAAUACUCGAAUGCUUUUCUUGGGUUUGGUCCAGAAGAGUCCAACUUUGUUGUGGAGUUAACAUACAACUAUGGAGUGGAUAAGUAUGACAUUGGAACAGGCUUUGGGCAUUUUGCUAUUGCGACCGAAGAUGUCUACAAAUUCGUUGAAAACGCGAGAGCCAAGGGUGGCAAUGUCUCACGGGAGCCAGGUCCAGUAAAAGGUGGAAAGAGUGUCAUUGCUUUUGUGAAAGAUCCUGAUGGCUAUGCUUUUGAGAUAAUCCAAAGAGGUCCUACUCCUGAACCACUUUGUCAAGUGAUGCUUCGUGUUGGUGAUCUUGAUCGUUCUAUCAAAUUUUAUGAGAAGGCUUUGGGGAUGAAACUUCUGAGGACGAUUGAUAGACCAGAGCAGAAGUACACCUUAGCCAUGAUGGGGUAUGCUGAUGAAGACCAAACAACUGUCCUGGAGUUGACUUAUAACUAUGGUGUGACUGAAUAUACCAAAGGAAAUGCUUAUGCACAGGUUGCAAUCAGUACUGAUGAUGUAUACAAAAGUGGUGAGGUUGUCAAUCUGGUCACCCAAGAGCUUGGAGGAAAGAUAACGCGACAACCAGGACCAAUUCCUGGAAUCAACACCAAGAUUGUUUCUUUUCUAGACCCAGAUGGUUGGAAAACAGUUCUGGUUGACAAUGAAGAUUUUCUGAAGGAACUGCACAAGGACGAGUAAUAUCAUAUGCACUAGCCUCUGGGAAUGGAUUUGGGAGUUGUAGUAAUAAAGUCUUAUUAUGAAUAAUUAGUGUCUCCGAUAUGAACAACUGCUAUCGAUGUUAGCCAUCGUGUGGCGUGAAACUAUACUUGACUACAACUUCUGCUUAUACACAUUUGUGUGGUACCUUGUCAAUAUAAUAUCCGAUUAGCUAUUACUUUUGCUGUUUUUUAGAAAGGAUUAAUAUGCUCGUGAAAUAUAUCCACAUAGUUGAGUUUGUGCUUUGCAUAUACUAGUUUUUAUUAUCAAUGGAAGGUAUACCUUCUUUGAUUUUAGCGGA